AUGGCCGCCGCUCCCUCGUCAACGAAAUUGGACAAUGUUGUCCCCAGCAUUGCCCCCCCAGCGCCCCAGAUGAGCGGGCUUCAGCUCUACUCCCGCUUCGCCUUUGCUGGUGCAGUCUGCUGUUCCGUCACCCACGGAGCUCUCACGCCGGUUGAUGUUGUCAAGACCAGAAUACAACUCGACCCGGUCACCUACAAUAGAGGCAUGAUUGCUGGUUUCAGGCAGGUCGUUCAGAACGAGGGUGCCGGUGCCCUGAUGACCGGCUUCGGUCCCACCGCCGCCGGUUAUUUCUUGCAGGGCGCCCUCAAGUUCGGUGGAUACGAGUUCUUCAAGAAGCAAUCCAUCGACAUUCUUGGCUACGAUACUGCUCGCAAUAACCGCACUGCUGUCUAUCUCGCCUCCUCUGCGCUCGCUGAAUUCUUUGCCGAUAUCGCCCUUUGCCCUCUGGAAGCCACCCGUAUCCGCCUCGUCUCCGAACCGACAUUCGCUUCUGGCCUCCUCAGCGGUUUUUCCAAGAUCAUGAAGAACGAGGGUAUCGGUGCUUUCUACUCUGGUUUCGGCCCCAUCCUUUUCAAACAGGUUCCAUACACAAUGGCCAAGUUUGUCGUCUUCGAAAAGGUCUCCGAGGCCAUCUACGGUCAACUGGGCAAGGACACUCUUUCCGACGGAGCUAAGACCGGUGUCAACCUUACAUCCGGUCUGAUUGCUGGUCUUGCUGCCGCGAUUGUUUCUCAGCCUGCCGAUACUAUGCUCAGCAAGAUCAACAAGACCAAGGGAUUGCCAGGAGAGAGCACUGUCUCCCGAUUGAUCAAGAUUGCUGGUGAACUCGGAUUGAAGGGUUCUUUCAGUGGUCUUGGUGCCCGUCUCUUCUUGGUUGGCUCCAUCACCGCUGGUCAAUUCGCCAUCUACGGUGACAUUAAGAGAGUCCUCAAUGCCACCGGUGGUGUUGAAUUGACCAAAUAA